CUCCCACUGAACCUUUUUAUUCUCACACUGUACAUUUUCCAGUCCAGACACACAGGCCCACUGGAUUUGACUUAUAGUGUCUAAUAUAACAAGACACUCACAUCGGCUGACUCUUAUCAGCCUCUUUAGAUUCCCCUCCGCUAUUUUCAAUCGGAGUCUUAUUUAUUUCACAUUAUUUUGUUCUCCACUUUUCUCUAUUCCGGUUGGAUUUACAAAGGGCGUGUUUGGACGGUCUGUACCGGGAGUUUCAUCUCCUGUACUUGUCCGACUCUGAGGAAUGACAGCAACUGUGAAGGGACAGCGAACCGCCUGAAUGGAAAAAAUGGAUUAUAAGGACCUUGGAAAUCAUUUCGAAGAGAAACUGACACUAACAGAGAAAUCUCUGCCCUUGCCGACAGAGUCUCAUUCAGUCCAGAAUGAGAACAAGCCGCCGGCAAAGGACUUCCUGACUCCAGACGACUCAGCCGUCACAGACCUCUCUCCUAACACAGUCUCCAGCCCCCACACAGACAUCUCCACCAACACAGACCCCUCUGCCAAGACAGAUGCCAGGCCAUCCACCCCUGGCACCAGCGCCAGCCCUCAGCCCAAAAAAGAUGCGAUGAGCUCAGAGCAACGACAGAAGCUUGCCAAGGAGCGGAGGGAGGAGAGGGCCAAAUAUAUUGCGGCAAAGAAGGCUCAGUGGCUGGAGAAGGAGGAGAAGGCCCGGCGCCUGAGGGAGAGCCAGCUGGAGGACCGCAGGAGGAAGCUGGAGGAGCAGAGACUGAAGGCUGAGAAACGCCGAGCCCUGCUGGAGGAGAAACAGAGACAGAAACUAGAAAAGAACAAGGAGAGAUAUGAAGCUGCGAUCAAGCGGUCAACAAAGAAGACGUGGGCCGAGAUCCGCCAGCAGAGAUGGUCCUGGGCCGGCGGACUCAACCAGACCUCCCGCAGGGAAAGCAGAUGCUCGGCCUCCACGGUCAACUUGCCGAGACAGGUGGACCCUGUCAUUAACAACAGGCUGUCCAAGUCCUCUGCCACGCUCUGGAACUCCCCCAACAGAACCCGCAGUCUGCGUCUGAGCCCGUGGGAGAGCAGGAUCGUGGAGCGGCUCAUGACCCCUACGCUGUCCUUCCUGGCCCGCAGUCGCAGCGCCGCCACCCUCCUCAACAACAGCGACUCUCACUCUCACCACUGCUCCCGUUCAGCCUCGGCCAGCCCGCUGACCGCCUGCUCCCAUCACCACCCGCACCAGAACUCCGCCGAGCGCUGGAGGGUCUCCUCUGCCAGCACGCCGGACAUCACCCAGCGCCAGCGCCGACGAAACUCCACGCCGAUUGAGAAAAAGAAGAAAGAGAAAAAAGACAAGGAGAGGGAGAAUGAAAAAGAGAAGAACGCCCUCACAAAAGAGAAAGUGCAGAAGAAGAAACAGACGACAACACCGACCACGACCCCGAGAUCGAGGCCAGAGAGCAGCACCCCAAAGCCCAAAAACAGACCUCCAUCGCCUGCAGCCCCCAAAAGCAGGCCCUUGUCCCCCUGCGUCCCAGUGGCAGCAGCCGCAGCCUCCAAGACCCCCGCGGGCAAGAAGACGCCUCCUCCCGGCUCCAAGGCCCGACCCAAACGGGCCCAGACCCCUGCCAGAGUCCAGCCCCAGACGGUCACCGCGGUCACCGUGGAAACCAACAGCGAACCCCAGCAGCCUGACACUGCUGAGGGGGCGAAGACAGGCCCCACUGAUGUUCCUGCCAUUGUGGUGUGCUCUGCGCCGAGUACGCCUCCCUCUGUAAACCCACCGGUCGCUGCGGCAGCCUCGCCCGCAACGCCAAGCGUAGAGCCAGCUGUCUCAGCUGCCUCUCCCACACCAGCUGCCCCUGUUACUCCUGCUAACACCACUGCUCCCACCAUACCCGCCAUUGCUGCCGCUGCUCCUCCUCCAGCUGCACCGGCCGGCAGGCCAUCAGCUGGCACCAACGACCCAGAGGAGGCCGCCCGGGCGCUGGCAGAGAAGCGCAGACAAGCACGGGAGCAGCGGGAGAGAGAGGAGCAGGAGCGCCUGGAGCAGGAGCACAGGAACAGGAUCCUGCGUGAGGAGGCGAUGGCGCGGGAGGCCGAGGAGAGGAAGCGCAGGGAGGAGGAGGCCCGGCUGAUGGCUGAGCAGCAGCGUCUGAGGGACGAAGCCCAGCGUCUCCAAGAGGAGAAGGAGGCUCAGGAGAGAGCCAAGGCCGAGCAGGAGGAGAACGAGAGGCUGCAGAGACAGAGGGAGGAGGCUGAAGCCAAGGCCCGUGAGGAGGCUGAGCGUCAGCGCCUUGAGAGGGAGAAGCACUUCCAAAAGGAAGAGCAGGAGCGACUGGAGAGGAAGAGGCGCCUUGAGGAGAUCAUGAAGAGGACUCGGAAGAGCGACGCAGGAGAAAAGAAGGAUGUGAAGGCGUCUGCACAGGUCAAUGGCAAAGACACAGAGAUUAACAAAGCAGCACCGGGCAGCCUGCAGACUCCCACGAAUAACAGCGCAGCAGUCCUCAGCCAAUCACAAGGCGUGUCCGGUCCCGUUGUGAACGGCGUCCAGCCAGACGCACAUCAGAACGGCCUCUCAGCCAAUGGCGAGGCAGCUGACUUUGAGGAGAUCAUAAAGCUGAAGAGCAGCGGUAACCCAGGGCAACCACAGGGUGGCCUGGUUAGUGACCCGAUCCUGGCCUUCGAGGGAGGAGAGCCCUUCCUGAUGAAAACGGGCCAGAUGAAGCCUCAGCAUGUCGCAGAGGUCCUGUGAGUGCCCACCCACCCCCGGAGACGCGCCUUAUGUCUCUGCUUGAGCUAAGAAAUUUCGUGCCACACCACAGCGGCUUAAACAGAAGUGUGCCAAACAACCGAUGAACUGCGCCGAAUCCACUAUCUACCAUCGACCUGCCGCAGAGGACAAAGAGGAGGAGCAAAACUCUGCCAGCAAAACAUUCAUCCAAAAAAGAAAAAAAGAAAAUAUAUAUAUAUAGAUUAAAAAAAAAAAAAAAAAAAAAA